AAAUAAGGGGAAAUCUGCGAGUUGGAUCUGUGAAUGCGCCUUUUGGGCUCACAGUGGAGAUGGAAAUGCUGAUGUGGUUGUUUCUGUCCCUGUGGAUUUUGCAGUGCAACACCGUGAGCGCAGACUCCAUCAUUCACAUCGGUGCCAUAUUCGAGGAGAAUGCAGUGCGUGAUGACGAGGUGUUCCAGCUCGCCGUGUCUGACCUCAGCCUGAGUGACGACAUCCUGCAGAGUGAGAAAAUCACACACUCCAUUAAACUCAUCGAGCCCAACAACCCCUUCCAGGCCGUGCAAGAAGCGUGCGAGCUGAUGAACCAGGGCAUUCUGGCUUUGGUGACCUCGACCGGCUGUGCAUCGGCCAGCGCUUUGCAGUCCCUGACGGACGCCAUGCACAUCCCUCACCUGUACAUCCAGAGGAACGGAGAGGGUUCUCCGAGGACCGCCUGCCAGUUCAACCCCAGCCCGGGCGGGCAGCGCUAUACGCUGGCAGCUCGGCCUCCCGUCCGCCUCAACGAGGUCAUGCUGGCGCUGGUGGAGGAGCUGCGCUGGCAGAAGUUCAUCGUCUUCUACGACACGGAGUACGAUAUCCGUGGCCUGCAGGGUUUUCUGGACCAAACGUCCCGUCAGGGGGUGGACGUGGCCCUGCAGAGAGUGGACAAGAACAUCAGUAAGGUCUUCACCAACCUCUUCACCACAAUGAGGACCGAGGAGCUUAACCGCUACAGAGACACCUUGCGCCGGGCCAUUCUGCUGCUCAGCCCACAGGGGGCGCACACCUUCAUCCAGCAGGCGGUGGAAACAAAUCUGGCCUCCAAAGACAGUCACUGGGUCUUUGUGAAUGAGGAAAUCAGCGACACGGAGAUCCUGGAGCUUACCCAUAGUGCAAUGGGGCGUUUGACAGUGAUUCGCCAGUUCUUCCCGCUGUGGAGGGACAGCAGCAGCCGUUGCAUGAGGCAGAACCAUCGGAUCUCCUCGCUGCUGUGUGACCCGCAGGAGGGAUACCUGCAGAACCUCGAGGUAUCCAACCUCUACCUGUACGACAGCGUCCUGAUGCUCGCCAACGCCUUCUACAGGAAGUUAGAGGACAGGAAGUGGCACAGCAUGGCGAGCCUAAACUGCAUUAGGAAGUCCACCAAACCGUGGAACGGCGGCUGGUCCAUGCUGGAGACCAUCCAGAAGGGUAACAUCACCGGUCUGACGGGUACCAUGGAUUUUAAGGACAGCGGCUCCAACUCCCACGUCCAGUUUGAGAUCCUCGGAUCCAGCUUUAGCGAGACGUUUGGCAAAGACAUCAAGAGACUGGCAACGUGGGACUCUGUUUACGGACUGAACGGCAGCCUGAAGGAGAGCCGGAUUGAGAACGGCAUGCAGGGCGUGACAGUCAAAGUGGUGACUUUACUGGAGGAUCCCUUCGUCAUGGUGGCAGAGAACAUCCUGGGGCAGCCGAAACGGUAUAAAGGCUUCUCCAUCGACGUGCUGGACGCUUUGGCCAAAAUCCUGGGCUUCAAAUACGAGAUUUACCAGGUUGGUGACAGUAAAUACGGAGCUCAGCUUCCAAACGGAUCAUGGAACGGCAUGAUCGGAGAUCUCAUUAACAAGAGGGCAGACUUGGCGGUGUCGGCCAUCACCAUCACGCCGGAGCGGGAGAAUGUGGUCGACUUCAGCAAGCGUUACCUGGACUACAGCGUCGGCAUCCUGCUGCGGAAACCGGAAGAAAAGAUCAACAUAUUCUCACUCUUUGCUCCUUUUGAGCUCGCUGUCUGGGCCUGCAUCGCCGCUGCCAUCCCCGUGGUGGGAGUGCUCAUCUUCCUGCUCAACAGGCUGCAAGCUCUGCGCUCCUCCGCUACCCAGAAUGCACCACCAGGCCAGCCGCCUAACGGCAUGGGGUCAGGCACCCUGCACAGUGCCAUCUGGAUUGUUUACGGAGCAUUUGUACAACAAGGCGGGGACGGUGCGGUGGGCUCGGUGGCUCUGAAGAUCGUCAUGGGCAGCUGGUGGCUCUUCACCCUCAUUGUCUGCUCCUCCUACACCGCCAACCUGGCCGCCUACCUCACUGUGUCACGCAUGGACCACGCCAUACGAUCAUUCCAGGAUUUGGCCCGCCAGAUGGACAUGGACUACGGAACAGUAAGGGACUCAGCAGUGUACGAUUACUUCCGGAACAAAGGCACUAACCCACUUGAGCAGGACAGCACCUAUGCCGAGCUCUGGAGGACAAUUAGCAAGAACAGUGGCAUGGAUUACUCUGUGUCCAGCCCGUCUGAGGGCAUACGCAAGGCAAAGAAGAGUCCGUACGCCUUCCUGUGGGACAUGGCGGUGCUGGAGUACGCGGCACUGACCGAUGAUGACUGCACCAUCACAGUAACAGGAAACAGCAUGAGCAGCAAAGGUUACGGCAUUGCCAUGCAGCACGGCAGCCCCUACAGAGAUCUCUUCUCCCAGAAGAUCUUGGAGCUGCAGGAGAAAGGUGACCUAGACAUCCUGAAGCAGAAGUGGUGGCCUCGUACCGGCCGCUGCAAUCUCAACAGCUACUCCAGCGCUCACCCCGACGGCCGCUCCCUCAAGCUGCGCAGCUUUGCUGGCAUCUUCUGCAUCCUGGCUGCCGGUCUGCUGCUGGCCUGCCUGGUCGCUGGGCUGGAAGCUUGGUGGAACAGCAACCGCUGCCGCCAGGAGCAGCCCAAAGAGGACAAGGAGGUGAAUCUGGAACAGGUGCACCGUCGUAUGAACAGUCUUUUGGACGAGGACUUGGCGCACAAGCAGAUCCCCGGCACCUCUAUCGAGAUCUCUGCGCUGGACAUAGGCAGCAUGCAGCCCAGCCAGGCCUCCCUGAUGGCGGGGGCAGAGUCCGUCCGGGACUUCCCGCCCUCGGGCCUCACUGUGACCACCUUUCUGCCCGGGGAGGGGGUAUCGCCUCCGCCUCUUCCCCUACCUCACCAUGGGGGGACCCUAGGCAGGACGCUGCCUCCAUCCCAGGGACCUGGGAGCGCCACAUUGCCCCUGCACCACCCGCUCAGCAGCACCAACCUCAGCGGCACCAUGACAUGCAAACACAGGGCGCCCAACGGGGGGCUCUUCCGGCAGAGUCCUGGCAAGACGCCCAUGCCAAUGUCCUACACGGCAGUCUCCGCAGGACCCAUACCCGAAGCCAUUGACGCCAGCCACAGUACAUCCAUAUAACAAUGGGACAAGGAUUUAAACUGUGCAUCGACCACAUCUCCAUCUCUGGACUCUGGUCUCGUUUUGGACGUGAGAU